GGGGGGAUAUUUUGUGUCGUGCAAUCGGCUGGAUCUGUGCAUCGGACAGGUGUCACUGUCAAUAGUCGACCGACGCCAUUUGUUCGCGAGCUUCCACACUGAAAUGGGCGCUGAACGUCAGUCAGCCAACCGAUUGUACCUGCGUUUCCCAGUGAAAAUCGCCGACGAGCACCAGAUCCUGAGCCUCCAUCCGAAGAUCGCCCUCGUGCGCCUACCGCGGCAGAAAUCGCGGCGUUGGUGCAUCAUCGAGUGCGCCAGCCAGACCGACUUGGAGGAGGUGCGAGGCUGCUUGAAGCGCCUCAAAGUCGACGGCAAGUCGCUGAAGGUGAAAUCCUGCCGGCCGGCGAGGCCCAAGGAAGCCCCGCCUGCCACGGUGACCGCAGCCCUAGAGGCGCUGUGCGCGUGAAGAUGCGCCAGUUUAUCGGCAACCCCUACGAGCUGGAGCUGGAAAGCGACGAGGACAUGGAGGAGCUAGAUGAGGAGGCUGUGGGCGCCACGAUAAUCCUGAACACCGACUACACCGAGUUGAACACGCAGGAGCUGCAGCUGCUGCAGGACGCCCGGCCGGACAGCGUCGCUUCCGACCCGGACUUCGACCCCACGGACUCAGAGGUGGACUCUAUGAGUUACUACAGCGACCAGGCCAGUUGGGUGGAGGCGCUGGCCUUCAGCUCCGAUGAGGGCGACCUGGACGACGACAGCGACGGCGACUGGGAGGACGACGAAAGCAGCCCGCCAGACGGUCCAGGGCACCAACAGCCCCACUAAGGAGCGGCUGUUGUAGAUGAGGCGCAGCCCCCCAGCCCCGACCAGCAGCCCCCAACGUCGCGGGCGUAGCCUACAUCUAUCCAGUACUAAGUCGUUAAUUUAAUUUUAGAAUAGUGUUUUUGGUUCAGUU